UGGCCAAUAAGAUUACGAAUCAGUUAAAGGGCAUCAAAUACGAAAGACAAAAUAUUGAGACUGCACUGAGCUACGUUUUCAGGUAACUCUAAUUUUGAGCAGUAUCAAAUUCAGUUUUACAGUGUACUACCAAAAUGUCUGCAGAUGUCAGCACAGUUUUAGCUUGCAAGAAGAUAGCAGCUGAUCCUCUCACAAGAACGCGUCUACUUCAGGAUAGUGCGUCUGUAGGGUUUCUGGUAUUGGUGUUGUCAAACAAUGACCCCAGUUUCAGGAAAGCUGCUCUAGAGACUCUCAUACUGCUCUCUGACACAGCAAAACACAGAGCAUAUCUGAGUCGUUUCUUGGGCAUGGAGGAUCAAGUUGUUAUGCUAUUGGAGAGGUAUUCAGUUUUACAGUGUACUACCAAAAUGUCUGCAGAUGUCAGCACAGUUUUAGCUUGCAAGAAGAUAGCAGCUGAUCCUCUCACAAGAACGCGUCUACUUCAGGAUAGUGCGUCUGUAGGGUUUCUGGUAUUGGUGUUGUCAAACAAUGACCCCAGUUUCAGGAAAGCUGCUCUAGAGACUCUCAUACUGCUCUCUGACACAGCAAAACACAGAGCAUAUCUGAGUCGUUUCUUGGGCAUGGAGGAUCAAGUUGUUAUGCUAUUGGAGAGUGAUAACAAUGAGAUACAAACUUUGGCCAAACAACUCCACAAGCUGCUGUAUGAAGAGAGCCAUGCCCUGAAAGACAGUAAAAAUACAAGGUCACAGUCUUGCAGAAAAGAAACAAUGAAGAAGAAAGGAGGUUUUUUUAUAGCACAGGGCAGAAGUAAGACGGUGGUCCUUCAGAUCAAAGGACUUAAAGAUAAGACGGACAUGGAGAUCUGCCGCAGCCACUUACUAGAAGUGAAAGGCGUAAUUAGUAUAACUUUUGAUAUGGUCAAGAAAAGAGCUAUUCUUCGUACAAAGGUGGACAUGUCAGAAGAGGUCUUAGCAAGGGCAAUUGCCAAAUCUGACACAAUGUCUGCUGAACAGGUUGUCAAAGGACCAGAUGGAGAAGAGUUCAUCUCAUUUGGUGCUGGUGCAGCAGCUCCCCCUGACAAAGAAAACCUCGAUCUCCCCCAGUAUCUUCCUGAUGAGGACAGUCCUGCCAAAGACAGCCACAGCUUGGCAAGGUUAGGCCAGGCGAAUAAGGCAAAAGGUUGGCUCAGUGCCGCAGCCAGUUACAUAUCAAACACAUUUUACUGGUGAAAUUAAUUGCAAGGAACAGUGGCAAAAUACACCAAUUAAUAACACUAAAGAACCUUUUAACAAACGUGCUUUGCAAAUGAAAGUAUAUCUGUUAAUACCAAAUAAGCGGAAGUUUUGGGAGAUGAGGAUUUACAGCUUUGAUGAAGUAUAUUUAUUGCCUUGGGAAUGGAGGUUUAUGUGGUAAACAAGCGGUCGCUAUUGUUUCACAACGAGUGGUUGCUACAGUUUCACGUAGGCAUGGUUGCUGCAUCCUUUCCUGUGUGACAUCGGUGUUAUUAAGCUAGAUGAAUUUUGAACGGAAGGAAGUCUGACAUGUGGUUGUG